AUGGGUCCCUUACGGCCUCCCCAUAGCUGCUACCCUAGCCCGAAAACUGCCAUGGCCCCCGUACCGACUCCCUUCAUGCUGCUGCCCAAGCCCGUAACUCUGUCAUGGGCCCCCUGUACCUCCUCUCUCAUCGCUGCUGCCAGGCUCCCAGAGUGUGUCAUGUGUCCCUGUACGGCCUCCCCAUUGCUGCUGCCAUCCAUCGCCACACUCUGCCAUGUGCCACUUUCAGGUCUCCUCACACUGCUGGUGGGUUUCCAUUUGUCAUAGGGUGCUGUAUGGCCUCCCAUUGCUGCUGCCUCCACCGCCACACUGUGGCUCCACACUCUGGUUUUGGCCCCGUGACUGCCCAAAUGAGUGAAGUGUGCGGUGAUUCUAAGAUCGACGGCACUCAUCUGCAUGUCAUACUGACUGACAGUAUUAUUUCUCUUCCCCAGCAGACUCCAAGGGCAUUUAAAUUAAGGGUACAGUGUUCUGCACUAAUAAAA